AUGGUCUGUCACUCAUUUUUCCAACUCAUGGUCCUUGUCACCAUUUUUCUGCAGGUUCGGUGCAUCCCUUAUGCCCUCCAGAAAAGAGGCGUCUGUGCUACUGAAGACCCCAGUGCGGGUUUCUUGCAUAAAGUAGGCCGCCUCAAGUCGGAUGAAGCCGAUCCUACUAGUUCACAGGCCAGGAAAGCUCCGAUCGAGAUCGAGACCUGGUUCCAUAUCAUCAGCAGCAAGUCGGAGUCUACCCAGGUCACCGAUGAUAUGAUCAAUUCUCAACUGUCUAUUUUACAACAAUCUUAUGCACAUUCUGGAAUCUCCUAUCGAUUGCAAGGUGUGACUCGUCAUAUCAAUGAUAAGUGGGCAAGUAAUGCAGAUGAUUCGGCAAUGAAAACGACUCUUCGAAAAGGAACCUACAGAACGUUGAACGUUUACUUCCAAACUGAUCUCCAGUCCUCUCCUGGACAAGCAGGGCGCGCUUUCGGGCACAGGGGCGCAGUCAUCAACAAUGACCUGGGAUCCAGCGUUCUUGGAUUCUGCACGUUGCCAGAUCCGAGUGUCAAUGCCAGCAGCCCGGCUUCUCACUAUAUCAAGGAUGGCUGCAAUGUUCUGGCCAAAACAAUGCCUGGUGGCUCCUUGGAUCUCUACAAUCGGGGUGGAACUGCCAUUCACGAGAUUGGACACUGGAAUGGCCUUUUACACACAUUCCAGGGAGAAUCUUGCUCGCCAGAUAACCCUGGGGACUACAUAAGUGACACACCACAGCAGUCCACUCCGACAGAUGGGUGCCCUUCCCAGAAGGAUUCGUGUCCGGACUCCCCGGGACUGGAUGCAAUCCACGACUUUAUGGAUUAUUCAUCUGAUGUAUGCUAUGAGCGCUUCACCCCCGGACAAGGAGAGCGCAUGCGGAGUAUGUGGAUAUCCAUGCGAGAAGGGAAAUAG